AUGCUCCUCGGCGGCGCAGAGUACCUGGCCGCCUUCCACGACGCCUACCGCGCCGCCGGCCGCCACCUCAAGCACGGCGCGUGGUACAUCGACGUGCACACGUCGACGACCGCGGUGAUGGUCGGCGACCUCGAGCCGGCGGUCGACACGCUGCGCGCCUUCCACACGCUCUGGCGCCACCUGGGCGUGAAUAGGAGGCGCCACCUGGGCGUACACCCGGAGGGCUUCAACCUGGUCAACCUCGAGGUGCAGCAGGGGCAGACGGGGUACCCCCUUCGGCCGGAGCACGCCGAGUCGCUCUUCUACGCGCACCGCGCCACCGGAGGCAGCGAGUGGCUCCGCGCCGGCGCCGACGUCCUGCGGUCGCUCCAGGCUCUCGUGGUGCCGUGCGGCGUCGCCGCCCUCUCUGACGUGGUGAACCGGACAGCCGAGGACACGAUGGAGUCCUUCUUCCUCUCCGAGACGCUCAAGUACUUGUACCUGCUCUUUGACCCGGACGACGCCGUGUACACGCACGGCAAGUACGUCUUCACCACGGAGGCGCACCCGCUCCCGCUCGCGCUCGGGUUGCACAACGCCUCGCUCUUUGAGCGGCCCUCGUUCGGCUGCGCGCUGCCGACCGCGGCGCAGCGCGCCGGCGUCUUUGGGGACGAGCCGGCCGGGUCCAACACCAAGGCGCACCUCGCCGAGCACCUCGCCGGCCACGCGUCGGACGAGGCGUCGGACGACUCGCAGGUGGCGCUCGCGCCGUACCGCGGCGCCCUCCGGCUGCUCGCCUCACGGGCGGCGGUCCAGCCCGCCAAGUUCCUGCUCUGGGGGGGGGCGCCGCCAUCGGCUGCCGCGCCUCUCGCCGAGCUCCUCCGUCUGUACGAGAGCGAGGCUGCCGGCAACAAGGACGCAGCCGCACUGUCCGUGUCCAUCGGCAGGAAGUGCGCUUCUCACGCCGACUGCUUCGCCCUGGGCCUCACUGGAGAUUGCUGCCCGACCACCACCGGCGUGUACAUCGCUUGCUGCGGCAAGCCGCCGCCAGCCGGCGGCGGCCCCACGGCGGCCUCCAGCCACCCGCUGCAUGGCAUCGAUUUCGACGCCCUGAUCACGCGCCGGCCCGACCUCGCCGAGCCGCUUGCGCGCGCCAGAGACGCCAGCGUGGUUGGGAAGGGGGAGACGGCGGUGCUGCGUGUGGGGCCGGGCGGGCUGAGGCUGAGCAGCGGGCAGGAGCUCUCGGCGGAGCAGGUGGUGCAGAUGCAGGGCGUCGGCAUCAGCGCGCUCAGUCUGCCGGACCUGCUCACCGCCCUCGGGGCAGUCGACCCGGCCACGGGCGAGCCGGCCGGCGCGCUGGACGGGCACACGCUCGUGGCGCUCGCGCCGGAGGCCGCGCGGGCGAGGCCGGCGGAAUCCGCGGGCAGGCGAGGGGGGGCGGCCGAUCUCGCCGCGGGAGACCGCCCGGGCCGGCCGCGGCUGAGCGACACCGUGGAGGUCAUCAUCGGCGGGUUCAAGGACGGGGGCGACGCGCGGCGCGGCGAGGAGGCGGAGGUGGUGCAGGACGACCGCGACUCCAAGCCAUUCAUCCUGCGCUUCGCGGACGGCACGCUCGGCAGCCACUUUUACCCCGAGUCGGCGGUGCGGCUGGUGCGGCGCGGCCCCCGCCCCUCCGUCGGCGACGAGGUGGUCAUCGGCCGCAGCGGAGACCCCCGCGACGGCCAGCGCGCCACCAUCGUGCAGGACGACCAGGACACGACGCCCUACCGCCUGAAGUUUGCCGACGGCACCGUCUCGGUCUCGUUUUACGAGCAGGCGCACGUCGGAGCCGCCGGCUCGGAGCCGCCCUCGCGCGCAGCCAUCGCUGGCCUGAGCGGGUCCAUUUUUGCACAGCUCGCAGCGGAGGAGCCGCAGGAGUGCAGACGGCUCGCGGCGACGCUGGGCGGCGGCUCACCGUCGGAGCACGCGGAGGUUGGCGAGACGUGA